CCUAGAUUGAUUGCCUGUUCCUAAUAGCCUGGACUCUGAUGAUUCUUUUGGACUUUAGACUACUUUUCUGAAUUGACUACUGACUCGUGAAGGACCUGGCCUGGAUUAGAUGACCACUGUUUCUCUAUAGAUGCCUUGACCUGGUCAGCCUGAGCAAGUGCCUUCUCCCUCCUAUUUGGGAAGAGGGACAGCAGGACGAAGCCACUGUGGAUAGAUGAAGCCGUUUCAGGUGCUGUUACCUGUGGUGGCCUGCCUGGUGGGAAAAGUCUCUGGCAAGAUCUUCAGCCGUUGUGAGCUGGCAUCGAUACUGAAACGUUGGGGAAUGGACGGGCACCAGGGCUACAGCUUGGCUGACUGGGUCUGCUUGGCAUACUUUGCAAGUGGGUUCGACUCAGCCACUGUGACCAACAAUUCAGAUGGCAGCUCCGAAUAUGGCAUCUUCCAGAUCAACAGUCGCUCCUGGUGUGCUGACCAACACAGUCAAACAAAGAACCUAUGCAGCAUGGCUUGCCUUGAUUUGCUGACUGAUGAAAUUAUUGAUGACAUAAUCUGUCUCAAGAGAGCUUCUGCAGGCUCAAGCGGCUUGGAAACCUGGGAUGGCUGGAGAAAUCAUUGCCAUGGUCGAGAUCUGAGUUACUGGGUUGCUACCUGCAAUCUGUGAGUUCAUAGCACCAGCAGUGGAACCUAUCUCCAUUCUUUUCUAGACUUGCCUGCCAUCUUUGAACAUGAUCUUGUAGUCUACUUGGACUAAAGUGCACAAUGUAAAUAAAUAAA